AUGGGGCUCUUAACAAUAAUCAAGAAGCAGAAACUGAAGGACAAAGAGAUCAGAUGUCUGAUACUUGGACUCGACAAUUCUGGCAAGUCGACAAUUGUCAACAAGUUACUGCCUGAAAAUGAAAAAGAUGAUGAGAUUUCUCCCACAGUUGGCUUCCAAAUACACACGCUUGAAUAUAACACUGACAGUCAACGAUAUCAGAUUGCGCUGUGGGACGUUGGUGGCCAAACCACGCUGCGACCAUUUUGGGAUAACUACUUUGACAGAACAGACGUGCUUAUUUGGUGCAUUGAUGCGAGUCUGCCGCUCCGAUUCAGUGAAUCGUUCAAAGAGCUGAAAUGCUUCCUCCUACGAGAUGAGGGUAGAAUUGGGUAUGAUUGUCAAGUCAUCAUUGCCAUGAACAAAAUGGACUUGUUACAGGACGCGCGUGCGCUAGACGAGAUCAAGACUACUAUCACAAAGCAACUUGGAUCCAUGAUACCAAUAGUAUUUGUAGGAUGCAGUGGCCUAACUGGUGAGGGUUUGUCAGAACUGUUGUCUACAAUUGUUUCGAAACGAGAGCAUAUGUACAUGAUGUAG